AUGAAUCAGAACACCAUGUCCUACUUAAAGGUGAACAAGUGCUCAAACGAGGACAGUCUUAAGAUGAUCCUGUUGUGGGUCACACUUCUUCUCCUUCAUCGAGGAUGUGCUUCGGUUCCAGUGAUCACAGUUCAUCUUGGUGAAGCAACAACAUUUACAUGUGAUUUACCACAUGAUAAAUAUGGAAGUGGUGAACUUUUCUGGUACAGGCAAACUAUUGGAGACACUCUGGAACUAGUUGUAACAUUUAUGAAUUAUGCAAACCCCACGUACGGACCACGCUAUACUGACUCAAGAAUGAAAAUUUCACAUACUGAAACAAUGAGCAACCUGACCAUUUUAAAAACAGUUCAAGAAGAUGAAGGAAUGUAUCACUGUGCUUUCACCGACUGGACCCAAACUGUUUGGCAUGGCACCUACUUGUUAAUAAAAGGAAACACUGUGGGGACAUCAAACUACAGAGUCGUUCAGAGCUUGACGACUUCAGAUUCCCUGCGUGCAGAGGAAUAUGUGACUCUACAGUGUUCAGUCCUCUCAAACUUUGACAGGACAUGUUCAGAAGAUGGUAUCUUCUGGUUCAUGUCAAAUAACUCUGACACAGAUAUCAUCUUCGUUGAUGGAAACAAAACGGACAGAUGUCAGAAGAAAACAGAUUAUCAGACUAGAUGUGUAUAUAACUUCUCUAAGAACAUCAGCUCCUCUGAUGCUGGGACUUACUACUGUGCCGUGGCCGCAUGUGGACAGAUUUUAUUUGGAAAUGGAACCAAGCUAGAAGCUGAGCCAACAGCAGAUGCUGAAUUUCCUGUACUAGUGAUAACUGUAUCUUGUUUGAUUAUAUCACUGAUCAUAAAUAUUGUUUUCAUCUGUUUCAAAACUCCAAGAGCAGCAUGCAAACAAUCUGAAGCAUCCAACAUCACCACCAUGGGCAAGACCAAAGAGCUUUCUACGGACAUCAGGGACAAGAUUGUUGAUCUGCACAAGGCUGGGAUGGGCUACAAGAGAAUCGGAAAGCAACUUGGAGAGAAAAAAAUCAACUGUCGCUCACGCAAGGUCCCCCUGCUCCAGAAGAAACAUGUACAGGCCCGCAUGAAGUUCGCCAUUUACCACCUGGACGACUCAGAAGAGGCCUUGAAGAAGGUGAUGUGGUCAGAUGAGACCAAAAUAGAACUUUUUGGCCUCAACUCAACUCGUCGUGUUUGGAGGGCAAAGAACACUGAGUACAACCCAAAGAACACCAUUCCCACCGUCAAGCAUGGUGGUGGCUGA